AUGUUGGAUAACGAAAAGGGCAAGAGAAUACUUGUUCUAAGAAGAGCGGAGAAGAGAAAAUCUAUAAACCACUUGCAGGAGGUGUUAUGUCACACCCCAAUUCGCCAAUUCCUUGGCUUUCCCAAGGGACACAACAGAAGAUUCGAUCAUGAAAAGGUUGGGAACAGUUUGAUAAACUUGGGAGGAAUGGCACAUGCAAACAAAGCACAAGAAGAGAUUGGCAAAACCCAAAUUCGUCGGACACGACAGUAA